UCAGGCUGUCCUCCUGAGUUCUGGGCGUCAGACUGUCGCCAGGUGUGUCGGUGCCAUCCACACGGCCGAUGUAACCCCGUCACAGGUGAAUGCACCUGCAACCCAAACCGCUGGGGUCCACUGUGCCAGUACCCCUGCAAAUGCACCCGCCGUGGCCACUGCCACCCCGUCCAUGGGAACUGCACCUGCGACGAAGGCUGGUGGACGCAAACCUGCUCCAAACCGUGCCAGUGCGUCAGCAACGGCUCUGUGGGUCCCGGGUGCGACCAGCUAACAGGCCGCUGUCAGUGCCGGAGAGGACACUGGGGGCUGAAAUGUCCCGUCACCUGCAACUGCUACCUGUCGAUGUGUAAUGAGAGAACUGGUGUGUGUGAGUGUGAGGCAGGCUGGUGGGGACCCAGCUGUGACCGGCGAUGUAAGUGUGACCUCACACACGGCAGCUGUGACCCUAGUAACGGGGAGUGCCUGUGCCACCUGGGGUACCAGGGUGCCACCUGUAACCAGCCCUGUGAAUCUGGAAAGUAUGGCAGUGGGUGUAAAAUGAGCUGUGGUUACUGUAAGGACAACCAGCUCUGCUCUGCCACUGACGGGGCCUGCGCCGCCUGUGAACCCGGCUGGAACGGUACACAGUGCGACCGCCCGUGCCCGUCUGGUUUUUACGGUGACGGCUGCCAGGAGAAGUGUCCACGUUGCAGGAACAACGAACCAUGUGACCCAAAGACAGGAAAUUGUUGGAGGUGUGACCACGGAUGGACAGGAUCCAGGUGUGAGGAGGCCUGCCCUGACAGGACGUUCGGAGACUCCUGCAGCUUCCUGUGCAGCCCUUGUAUCCAUGGUAACUGCCAUCACGUGACAGGAAGAUGUGUCUGUCAGCCAGGCUUUCAGGGAGAGAGCUGUAACAGCAGCUGCUCUGAUCUGCAGUUCGGCCUCAACUGCUCCUCUGUGUGUGACUGUGCUGAGGGGGUCCGCUGCCACCCAGUCACUGGAGUCUGCCCCAACAGUGGCAGGAGUGCUGUACUAGCAGGAGUGUUGGUCCCUUUGCUCCUGUUGCUGUUAGCUGUGCUCUGCUGUUGUUUGUGUUGUGGAGGAGGCCCUGUUGACAGCAAAGACAGGGCGGCUGUGGCUGAAGGGGGUUUGUCUGUUCGGAUGAAAUAUCAUGUCUACAGCGUCCUGGCAAACAUCAGUGCUGCUCUGCCAUGUAUCUCUAGCUGGUCCUCUGGUCUGCCUCGUGUCACCGUAUCUCACCAUGACCCAGAGCUGACCUUCAACCACAGCUUCAUUGAGCCUCCAUCCUCUGGCUGGGUGACGGAGGGGUCGUCCUUUGACAGUGAUGAGGAGGAGGGUGAAGCUCUCUACUGUGUGCCUCCAAGAGAAGACAUCCCAGCCGUGGCAGGCGGCGAGUUCCAUGAGAUGAGCUCAAAGUGUAACAUGUUCCUGGACCCAUCAGGCUUCAGCAGCGAGGACAUCACCUCACCCUUCAACAUCCCUCGCACCUCCAGCAUCGCCAAGUCAAAGCGGCCAUCUGUCUCUUUCGCAGAGGGCACCCGCUUCAGCCCCAAGGAGCGGCGUGGCUCCGCUCAAGACCCUGGCGCUCUCCCUCGCAACAAACCCAAAUCCACCUGGGGGGUUUUGAUGCUCUCUGCCCUUCAAAGUCAGGGAGGUGCUGCUAGACCUGGGGAUGAGGAUGCAGCAGAGGGUGAGGACAAGGAAGAGGAAGUGGAUGAGCAGGCUACAGACAACCAGGAGUCAAGCUGUGAGGCAUGGGACCAGGAAGUAGACAAAACCCCAUCCCGAGCCACCUCACAGGUCCCAAGCUCAGCAGGAAGAAGACGGACCAUGUCCAACACAGCUGCACAUAAAGGGAACCUGCCGCAAACAUCUGGCUGUGAUGCUCAGGCCGGGGUUUUAAAUAAAGUCACCACAGUGUAUGUGACAGUGGGUAAAGCAGGGAGACCCGUCUCAGAGACAAGCUCGGAAGGCCCCGUUCAAGCCAUGCUGCGAAGACUCGGCAGCCUUCAGAGACAAAGAGAGCAGGAGUCUGGCAAGUCCAAAUCCAAGGGAGUCGAGGGGAUCACCAAACCACCCAGACGGAAGCUUGGAGAUAGGGCGAGUGUGUGGGAGCGGGGAGAGCCACCUGGAGGGGAGGUCGCCAUUUGUAAACCUAUAAGACGGAAGCAUGCUUCCCACAACUCCUCUGACAGUGUGGCCCGUAGUGAUGUUUCCCAAUCAGAGAGUGGCACCCCCAAACGACCGCUGUCCUCCAUUUUGAAAAGCGUGCCAGAGCUGGCUGCAUGCGACCCGGGGCCAGUUCUGAGGGCUGAGGAUGAGGGCUCCAGUUCAGGAAAGACCGAGAGCAACUACCUGACUGUAGGACCGUCAGGAGACGCUGCGAGUCUCACAGAGGUCAUCACCAACGAAGGAGCAGUGGUCAGUGUGAAUGAUGAACCUUGCUAUGAAAAUGUCAUGAUUAACCACUUGUGACCUCUGACUAACCACGGCAUCAGCAGGACUGAUUCUAACGGAUGUAUAUUUAUUUUUACUACUGUAAAUUUCAGUUAGCAGACCAUGGAUUCUUGAAUGAAGGUGUUAUCAUGUUUAACAGUAAUGUAAAAGUGCAGCUUACAUCAGGAUAUUCAUGCGGCGAGCAUUUGCAUUGAGACUAUAGAAUAAACAUUAACAAAUAUAUAGUUAGGGUAGAGCACAAAUACUAAAGAGUUUCAGGUGUGGAACUUGGAUAAUUUUAAGAAAACCACUUGUUGCAUUCACAACCUCCAUUGUCAUAUGGAAACCAAAUGAAUGAUAUUUUAUUUAAUUUGCACCCGUGUUGUGUUAAGUGAAUACGGACAAGUACUGUUAAAUCUGGGCCUUUGCCAGAAGAGAAAACCAUUAAGCCUAGAGAGAGAAUGUCAAGCACCUACUUCCUGGAUUGUAACAGAAGGACAAGAACAAAUGUGUUGUAUUUAUAGAGAGCUUUUCUAGUCUUAUAUAAACUCAUAUUCAUACGCUUAUAUAAGCAACACUUUUUCUAUUCUGGAGAAAUGUAUGUGAUCACAGUAUAAUGAAUUAUGUGUUGCAAUUUUGAAGCGAACACAAUGAAUAAGAUUUGCUUGUUUUAUUGAAACACAAUUAAGAACAGACUGUAAAUAUGCAAACAAACGUGACUCUGUAAACAGAAUGUCCUGUAGACGUCAGUCAAAAACCACCAACAUUUACCUAGUUCAUUCUGUCAGUGCAUUAUUGUGUUCAAUUUCACUCUUUGAAGCUUAUCAGUUAUGUUAGAAAACUGUGGUUGUAAAUAUGAUUUGUGUCCUUGAGCAUGAACUCAGCUGCAUUCUGACCUCUAAAACACAAUUUAGGAGUUUUUCUUUUCUCUUAAUCAAAUUUAUGACACCUCCUUCCCUGCCAUUAAUGUUUUAAAUGUCUAUCACUGUAUAUUUCUUGACAAUUAAUAAUGAGAGUAUAAACAUUUUGACAUUUGAGAUACAUGAUUCAGAAAACAUAAGUGAUUCUGUGUCUGUGUGAGUAUUUGAAUGGAUGUAUUGUAACACACUCCUCAACUAUGACGACACUGGAGACUUAAAUGAAAAGCUGUGAAUGUAUAAAAUGUUAAACCUGUUAACUGUUGCAAAUAAACAUAGGUUUUCUUUAAUCAGAACGGUUGUGUUCGAUAAAGUAGGUAAACCGAUGACCUGCAGAGUUCAGAAAACCUGCCUGCUGAACUUUGGCCACAACAAGGACUUUCACAGAUCAAUAUUUUCUAAAGUUAAUGAGCAGCUAGUU